AUGACGCCCUUCACUGCGUGCGGCACUGUCGCGGACUACGCGAUCUUUGACGAGGAGCUAGUGGCUCUGAAGCCCAAGAACUUGACCUUCGACCAGGCUGCGAGCAUCCCGCUCAUUGGCCUCACCAGCUACCAAGCUCUGGUGGAGCACACGAAGCUCCAGAAGGGCGAGAAGGUGCUCAUUCUGGGCGGCAGCAGUGCU